CCAGAAAGCCUAGCACUAAAAACACAGGGCUAGUACAAACACACACACAGAGUUAAUACGAUUGAUCGUAUAUCAUGGCAGCUCUCAGGUCCCUGAUCGCUCUCAGCUCCCAAGCUGCACUGCUCCUCUUGCUCGUUGCACUUGCGAUGCAGACCCACUUAGUUCACUCGCAGACCUGUCAGAACCAGCUGAAUAGCCUAAACGUUUGCGCACCAUUUGUGGUUCCUGGUGCAGCUAACACCAGCCCAAAUGCUGAAUGUUGUAAUGCACUUGAAUCAGUGCAAAAUGACUGCAUCUGCAACACUCUCAGGAUUGCGGGCCGCCUUCCUUCCCUAUGCAAUCUCUCACCUAUAAAUUGUGGCAACUAGUAAUACAAAUAUCAGAAUUUCCGAAGCUAGCAGGAGAGUGGCCAGGAAUAAAUGUUAAGAUCUAUAAUUUAAAUGUCUUGUUCUGUUUUUUUUUUUGCUCAAACUUCAGAUGUACCUCUGUCUGCUGCCAUUGCCAAUGAGCAGAAUUUUCUUGUUAGGAAAGAAAUAAAAUGUGCUUCUAUUUUUGGAAGGAAAUGUAAGCUUUAGAAAUUCAAGUCA